CAACCACCAUCUGUUACAGCAAGUGGAAUGUUUUCAGGAUUUUUGAACAAGCUAACAGCCCCAGAGAGUGCCCCUCAACAGCCACAUGCUGGAAAUAGUAGCCUGACCUCACAACAAAGCCUUAAACCCCCUGAGCAACCGCUACCUUCUCAGACAGGUGGCUUCCUUUCUGGCCUGUUUGGUAUGAGUGGAGAUAAUAAUGCCAAUAAUGCCAAAAAUCCGGCUGUCCAGGAUCAUCCACAGCAGGAGGCUCCUUGUUCUGGUCAACCUAAUGCACAACAAAGUAGCAGACAAAACUUGCAAAAACAAAACCAAGUUCCACCCCAACAGGUACCUCAAACUGGACCAAGUGGAAUAUUCUCUGGGUUGCUAACUAAGAUUGCAGACACCGCCACUGCACAACCCCAGUCACAAACCACACAGCAAACUAGUAAAUCUGGUUCAAAUGAAAGUGCCCAGCAAUCUUCUAGCCAACCGGGUGGGUUCUUUUCUGGGCUUUUUUCAACCAACCAGACACCAGCACAAUCACAACAAGGAUCUCCUGGACCCAAUCAACAGCAGCAGGGAAACAGGCAGCCUUUACAAAGACAGAAUCAGAUUCCAUCCCAUAUGCCAUCAACCCCUGAGCCACCACAAGGGGGUUUGCUUUCAGGUCUUUUCAACAAACUUGCAUCAGCAGAUACUCCAGCUCAGCCAUCGAAGUCUCUUUCUGGGGUUCAGCCUAACCAACAAACAAGUAGGCCAGAUGCAUCAGGACAGAGUCAAACAUCUACCCAACAGCCACCCCCUUCAAGCCAAUCGGGUGGACUUCUUUCUGGUCUUUUGAAGAUGGGUUCAGAAGCUGCAGCUCCAAAAUCACCUUCUGUAGGACAGCAGACACAACCUGCCUCCAGAAGUCAGACACAAGGUCCACAAUGUCAAGGUCAGACUGUGUCACAGGGAGCAACACAACAGCAAAGUCAGUCUGGUGGUCUGUUUUCUAGCAUUUUCAAAAUGGCCACCUCCGAUGAAUCUGUGCAACAACCUGCCCAGUCAAGCAAUCAGCCAGCAAAUGCAUCUGUUCAAAGUGCCAACAAUGAGUCUAGUGGCAUCAUAUCUGGAUUUUUGAGCAAACUUACUACAUCAGUUGAAGAACCAGUAACAACAAGUGAAUCUUCUCCUGGUCAGAAACCAAAACAGCAGCAACAAGACCGUUCUGGAAUUAAACCUAGUCAAAGUCGUCCACAGAUUCAGAGAGCCAAACCAGUUGAACUUAUGUCUUCUGAAGAUGGAGGUGCAGAAAAAGAUCAGAAAGUUUUAGCACAAAAAGGUUUCUUGUCUGGGUUAUUUAGCAAUGCCUCAGAGGAAGACACUUCAUCCAAACUUACUUCUCAAAUCAAAGAACCACCAAGUAGUUCUAAUAGUGGUGCAGGUAUGCUUUCUGGAAUUUUUAAAUCUGGAUCUAAUGAAAAUGACACUUCAGGAAAAAGUAAGGACCCAGAGAAGGGCUUCCUUGAUAGACUAAUGUCUAAGCAGAGUAAAGAUGAGUCUACUACUUCAGUUACCAGCAGCACUGGGAGUGAAGCUUCUCAACAACCUGCUAACCUGCAUCCAGCAGUGAAGUCCACCCAAGAGUACAUGAACGAGGUCCAUAGACUCUUAUAUGGCACGUCUAUUAAUUACGGCUAUCAAGAUCUAUUGUAUACAUUUGCUGUUCAUGGUGUGAUUCCCCCAGAACUGUAUGAACAUCAGUGUCUCAUAGAAGCUCUUCUUUGGCAGCAACUGAAUGAAUAUGCUCUGUUGGAGACCCUAGCAACACAAGUUCCAGACUGUUAUUCUGCAAAUCAAGUGGAAAUGCCAUUUUCCUCGGAACCGGUUGUGGAGACACCUGAAUGGUGGAACUUGAAAAACAUGGAUCCUAGUCAGUUCCAUAUACCCUCACAUCCUUGGCAAGAUGUUGUCAACCUGCCAUUUCAAAGUAAUCUUCCACUAGCAAAUGGAGAGGAUGUUAUUGUAUUUGACAUGAGUAGCCCAAACAAGAAACCCUGGGGAGGCUGUAACAAUUUAAAUGGCUUCGGUGAUAAAAGAAGCAAAAAGACUGCCACUGCCACAAACCUCUCAACAGAUGGUGGUUCAAAAAAUGAUUUGUGCCACUCCAAGUCAGACUUCAGACUAAAUAGCAAAAAUGCCUCACAGAUGACCCCUAAACCACAUUUUGAUUUGAAAGUUGACUCAAGAUUCUUCAGACGACUUACUGAAAAAAAGGGGCCAUUGGAUUUGACUCCAGGUGCGGUCAACCUCAGUAGCACUGUAGCUGCCAGUGAAGACAUAGAGGAUGACAUGUUUUUUGAAGAUUCAGAGUGGUACCAACAGUGGCUGUCCUUGUUGGAGCAGGGAAUGUGGUGGCCAGCUGAGGCAGGAGAUUGUGGCUAUUACGUUUACAUGGAUGAAGAAUAUAUAUACACUCUUUUGACUGAUAGGGCUGGGAAGCACCUCUAUGCAUGUGCGAGCCCGGAGGAGAGCCGUGUUUUAGAACAAAUCACUGAAAAUAUUUCAAAUAUUUUGCAUAAAAAAGACAAACCAAAGAUGACUCUCUGUGGUUUUAAAAUACCUCUGCUCAAUGAAGAUGAAGUUCUGUGGGUACCAGGAAAAAAACAGUGUGACUCGCAGUUCCUAAAUGCUCCCGUUGAUUUGUCUUCAGCUCUUCAGAAAGGAGACAGGAUUAUGAACAUGAACCUUCAGCAGUUCUCCCAAAUGUUUCAAGACUCUAUAAAUGCACAGACAGAGCAACCUGUUGACUUCAGCGUGUACAAACUCAAAAAAGUAAAAAUGGGUUCACAAGAGCCAAGUAUGAUUUCUGCAGAGGAGCAACUACAAGCAGCUGACCUCUCUAGGAAAGAAAACAACCCACGUCAUGGAGGACCAUACUGGAUAAAUCAGGGUGUUAAAGACCUUUUCCCUGAAGUAUCUGUGCACCAGUUCUCUUCUCCUGUUACUUUCAAUUCAUCAGUGGGCUACAGACAGCAUCCCUCAACUAUGAAACCUUUAAUUCCUGAAGUCAUGAUUGGACAUGUAGAUGAUAAGCCUUUUGACCAGAAAACUCAAAGUAAGCAAACUUUCAGUCCUGCUACUGCACCACAAACAGCUAAAAGCACAGCAUCAGCAGGAUCUACAAUUACACCACAACCUCAGUACACUUCUAGAAAACCUACUGAUCUACUGAAUGGCAAUGGAACGCCACCUACAUCAACUAGGACACUUCCUGCCACACCAAUAAAUCCAACAAAACAGGUUGGGUUUACACAGCAGAGUGCAGCCACUACACUUCGAGUAUUACCUACUCCACCAACCUCAGAACAAGUCACAAGAAGUAUAGCUUCUAAGCCUUCUGCUGCAUCUCAGAAACACAAACUGGCAAGGCAACCAUCGCAGUCAACACAGUCUCCUUCAUCAGAGAAGGUGUCUAAUUUUGAUGGCUCUAAGACUGAAGUAGUUCCCAUAAAGCCAAAACCUCCCACAGUGAUGUCAAAUCAAAAACGAUCAUUGCCACCACCACAGAAUUUACUUUUUAACAAGCCUCAAAUGCCAGUUGACUCUCUCUUUUGUAGUAAACCUAUGGAUUUUUCUAGAACCUUGAGCAAAAAAGACAAAGGUAAUGAUGAGAAAACUUCAACAGAUACUGAUGCUGAAAGGUCUAUUCUGGAUGUUGUUGACUUUACCACAAGGAAACUAAAAGUUAAAAAGCAGAAUGAAGAGACUUUUCACAUGGACGAGACAGCUGCUGUUGAUCUGACUGUAGAGUUAGACACAGAAGUGAAAAAAAUCAGUGUCACAUUUCCAUCUCUAGAGGUCAGAAAUAUAUCCAUUACAAUGUCUGAUGUGCCUCCAGGAACUGUAUCUGCUCCGGCCUCUCCAAGAAGCAGGCCACAAUACUUUCCUCCAGACAGUGGAAUUCCCAUACAAAAAGACAGCUGUGGCAAUGAAGCACCCAUAUCACCAAGACAAAAACCCCAGCCUGCAAGAAAAGGCUCAGAUCAGAUGGCCCAGGCAAAUAGUAUUCAAGUAAACUCUGACAGAGUCUUGGUGGAUUCACCCUUAAAGGUACCAUUUAAGUCAACCUCAAAACCAGAUAAACUUGAUCAGCUUGAGGGAGGCCCAUUUAAGCGAAGUUCCAAACCCAGCCAAGUACCAACUUCCAUACCUCAGGCACCAUCACCUCGUACAAGUCCUGAAAUAAAGACAUCACCAGUAUUAAGAACAUCACUGCAGAUGCCUGCUCAAAAUAAACAAAUUGGCCUCGUAAGGCAGACUUCGCUUGCUAGUGAAUCCAUGAGAAUGAGUCAGAUGACUGGAAAGUCGUAUAAUGAGAGCACUGCUCCAGCAAAUUCCGCCAAAGCAACACUAGAUAUGACUGUAAAGACAGUCAAUAAGCAUUUGGACACAACAAUCACUGUGACUUCAGCAACUGAAGCAGUACCCCUUGUAAGAAGCAGACGGGCCUCAGUCACAGAAAUUAAUACAGAUUCUGUUGGUUUGCCUUUGCUUGUAGAGCCAUCAGCACAGGUAAAUCUUAACCUACAAAGACAUCAAUCAUUGCCCCGGCUCUUAUGUAGUGAAUCCAGGUUUAUCCAAGAAGGUCCUGGAACCAUUUGCAACAGAACUGCAAGUUUGCCAGUGCUGCCCUCUCGUUAUCACCAAUCAGCAACUGCUCCAGCAAAUGCAAUAAAAGCUACAUUAGAUAUGUCUGCUAAAUCAACUACUCGUUCAACUGUGGUCACUGAGGCAAUUCAAAAGGAAGCCAUACCACUUGUGAGAACAAGAUCAACAUCAGUCUCAGAUUGCAAUGAAGAGCUUGUUGGAUUGCCUUUGCUUGUUGAGCCAUCAGUGCUAGAGAAAAGUCUUGUCCCACAAAGGCGUCAAUCAUUGCCACAUCUCUUAUGUAACGACUCCAAGGUUUUUCAAGAAAGCCCUGUUUUACACAGCCAAAACCGUCCUUAUAACAGAACUGCGAGUUUGCCAGUGCAGCUUACUCAUCAUCAUCAAACAGCAACUGCUCCAGCAAAUGCAUUCAAAGCUACAUUAGAUAUGUCUGCAAAAUCAACUACUUGUUCAGCUGUGGUAACUGAUGUGGUUCAAAAGGAAGCUCUGCCACUUGUGAGAGCAAGAUCAACAUCCAUCGCAGAUGGCAAUGAGGAGGUUGUUGGUAUGUCUUUGAUUGUGGAGCCUCCGAAACAACAGCGGAAAACUCUUCUCAUGAGUUGUGAUUCACAAUCAAAUGUAAGUCGAAGUGAUGGAUUUGAACAUAUGGAUUUGAAAGCAUCCCAGAUAAGUCCAGUCUUAACCCAACAAACACCGGCCUCUGCUCCAGCCAGUGUGGUUAAAGCAAUUAUAGAUAUGUCUCCAAAGCUAGUUGAAAAAAUAAAAGGGGAAAAGGAAGAAUUGUCUCCAGUGCCAUUGAUGAAAAGAAAAACAUCUGCUACUUGGAUUGCCACAGGGACAUCUGUUGGUUUGCCUUUAAUUGUAACACCCUCUAAUUCCCAAGAACAUCUUUUAUCAGAGUCCUCAUCUCCAUCACAAGUGCAGGAAACAAUAAAAGAAAAGAAUAGUGGUACUUCAAGGCAGUCCUUUGAAGUCAGAAGCAAAGCUCCUACACUGCAAAUGACAUGGCAGUCAUCUCUUUUAGGACAACCCAGCAGAAUACCCACAGCACCAGCUAAUACAAUCAAGGACAUUGUUGAUAUGUCUCCAAAACCCUUGUCAGAUCUAACAGAGGUUUGUGGAGAAGUUAUGAAUGAAGCUGGUGUGCUGUCACUUGUAAAGACAAAACCAACCACUGAUGCUGAAGUAUUAAAAGGGCUAGCUGGUGUACCUCUUCUGGUCGAGACUCCUUUGCUUCCUAAACCAGUUCGCAGGCAAAGCAGAUUGCCUGAUAAAAUGUCAUCUUUCUCUUUGAUAUCAACUGUAACUCAAGGAACAAAAGGACCUUCGGCACCAGCUAACGCAAUUAAAUCCACUAUUGAUAUGUCUGUGGUCCGAUCAACUUCUAAGAUGUCUGAGGGGUCAGCAGGUGAAAUGCUUCCAAAUGGAGUAAUGCCUCUAGUCAAAGAUAAAGCAGCCAUCAACAAAUAUCCAAAAAAAGACUCAAUAGGAAUGCCACUGAUAGUUGAUUCUUUUUCACAUUCUGAGCAGGUCCCUCAAAAAAGAUCACCUUUUGUAUCAUUACUAGAGCAAAAAGGUAAUCCAGACCAAAUGCAGUUAUUGAGUGGACGUCAUACUACAGAACCUUUGUUGCGCCAACAGAUACCUACCUAUCACAGAAAUGGAAUCCUCUCAAUCUCGAAGACACAAACCGUAGAAUCUCAGCCCUUCAGCAAACCGAUGGACUUCUCUGUCAGUGUUUCACCUGCAAAACGCAACUGCUCCUUUGUUAUGCAAAAUGGACAUCCAGUGGAUUUUACUAGGAGUGAAGAAGAAAAAUCAAAGAUUGCAAGCAGAUAUCCAAAAAAUGGUACUAGCACUUUUAAGAAAUCCUAUGUUGGGGCUAUUGACCUGACUGCUGACAUAAUGAUUGACGUAAAUAGAAACAAAAGUGUUGAUGAUGUCAAAGAUCUUUCAUCUCCAAGGACUACCAGCAUGUCCACUCAGAAUACAUCAGCAUGUACAGUGCUUACAUAUGCCACUACAACAAAUAAGAGAGAUUCUCAUCAACUGUCAGGAAAUGUGCAAAUAUUGGCCCCCCAAACAAAGAAUGUAACUAAACCUCAUGCAUCAAAUGUUUCUUUUAAGUCCAAUGUGUCUACACAAAUGACAUGUAUAUCAAGUCAGAUGAAAAGUCAUGUGCAGAGAACUGAUUUGCAUAUCUCUAACCCUUCUGUACAACUCAAGAAAGAACAAAGUGAACCUGCUGAACCAAUCAACACACAGCUUCUGAAUAAGGAGCUUCCAUUUGCAAGCAACAAGCAAAGUGUUGAUCCACACAGCUCUCAUCUCUCUACACAAAUCACCGAUUCAUCUAAGCUGCCCUCAAAAUCUAUGCCCCGCAUAAAUUGCUCAGAGCAUACAACUAAUCAGCAAGUAGCUCAAAGGUCUGUUAUCAGUAGACAGCUGGUAAGACACCAGUCAAUUCCGUUGACAUUAACUGAGAAUGAAGAGAGUCAACUUAGGCAUACUGGACCAUUUAUUACCUCAGUUGCCUCUGCUUCAACUACAGUCUCAAGACCCAAAGGUAUUAUUAAACAGUCAACAGUGGAAAGCUUUGGAGAAGAUUGCAACCCUCAGAGUGGGACAGCUACUUUCAGUGGAAAGCCUUUAUCAUUAGACAAUACACUUGUUCAGACUUCAGUUGUUCCAAUUAUAUCAGUUCAAGAUGUAUCCAUACCUGACCAAGGUUUGGCAUCUAAUAUUGUAUCUACUGCUGCAAACCUGCCAGUGUCGACUUCUGCCAUUGUACUAGACUCAGUAGUUGUUGUACCCACAAGUACUGCAAUCUCUCAAGUUUCCAUUGCAUGUUCAAGACCGAUUUCAACAAGUCCUGCUGUCAAACCAAGUGUUAUGGAUUAUCAUCAACUAUCUUCAGAUCAAGUCUCAAAUUUAAGCCCAGCCACAAAGAUAUCAGUCAAAGGUUUGAUAUCAUUGUUCGAUGGAUCAUGCUCACAGCCAGCAACAGCUAUUGUCUCACAAAGAAGUGAUAAAAUGACACGGCCAAUUAUUAAACCAUCACCUAAUGAUUGUAUUGAAGUUAACCAGGAAAUGACAGUGUCCCCAAACCUGACAGUGAUGAAAACAGACGACAUGUCAGUGAUCAGUGGAACCAUACCAACCAGUGUUCAAGCACAUGCGUCACCAUCCUUAGUUGAUCCACCCAUAGUGCCUCUUCCAAGUCCAGCAUUUACUACACCGCCAUCUGUAAUAAGACCACCUGUUGAACUUAAUGAAGUUUCACCAGUUCCAGCUCAAGGUUUGAUCAGUGAACAGUCUUUAACAAGAACUUCACUUGUACAACAUAACAAAGCAUCAGUUUCUCAGACUGAGGCAUCUGCUCAAAGCUCGGCUCCAACAUAUUUUGCCACAAGUUGUCAGCCAGCAGAGGCACAGUCUCAAGAAAAUACUUCUGGAAGGAUCCCCUUUCCUGAAGUUUCAGUCACAAAUGAUAAAUCAUUUCUGGUUGCCACCAGCCUUUCUACAUCUUCCGAUGUAUCUACAGUUACUCCCUUAACACAUCAAACACAACCAUUUGAAAUGUCAACUCAACAUCAUUCUGCUACUGUCAGUGGAUGUGAUGCCCAGCAUACGACAGUUCAAGCAACUUCACAGUUCUCUGUACCUCAAACAGCAGCAUUGUCUCAGUCUGUUUCAACACAAGAUACUAUGGUGGACAGUGUUAGUCAAUUAGAUGUUACUCCCCAGCGGCUGGCUUUGUCUGAGAUGAUGUCUAUUGAAGAGGCACCAUCUUUCAUUCAAGUUUCACCCACUGAGCUAGAGGGACGAUCAUUUGUUAUUUCUGGUUUGGGCCCAAGAAAGAUGCUAAUACCUCAAAUCAUGAUUUCAGAGGCUAGCAGUCCUGAAGACUGUCCUAGUGAGGAAGAUACAUUGACAGAUGACCCUGAUACAACAGAGAAAGAUGACUUUAUCAUUAAAAAGACUCCUAUGGAAAGCACUGAUGGUUCUCAAGACAAUUUAGCUAUCGAGGUUGUGGAAUCUCAAGAAACUGACAGUCAGAGCAUAAAAAUAAAUCUCUCUAAUAUAAUGGCAUCCCCAGAGGAUCUAACAGAGGUUUCAGUGAUUAAACAUGAUGGCUCUAUUGAUGUACUCACCAAUUCUGAUGUAUUUUCAGCACCAUUAAUACGAAGCACUGUUAAACAAAAUGAGAGUAUUUGCCCUGAGGCCAGCUCUUCUGAAAAAACAUAUCCUGAUGAUGAUUACAAGAAGGAUGAGCAAGUGCCUAAUCUACAAGAUGGUGCAAACACAGAAUCAACAAUGUAUAAAGAGAAAAUAGAAGAUCAUGAGGCAUCAUCUAAAACAAUAUCAGACAAAUUGAGUAUCAUUUCUGGACCAGUGUCCUCUGGAACAGAAAAGGUACCAUUAGAAGACAGUGUAAAAACCUCUAAAGUAAUGUCUGAUGAACAGACUGUUACUUCUGGACCAGUGUCUUCAGAAAUGGAAAAACUACCACCAGAAGAUGCUCUAAAAAUUUCUAAAAUAAUGUCUGUUGAACUGAGUAUUACUUCUGAACCAUUAUCCUCAGGAAUGGAGAACAUACCAUCAGAAGACACUCUAAAAACCUCUAAAGUAAUGUCUGAUAAACUGAGUAUUGCUUCUGGACCAGUGUCCUCAGGAACAGAAAAGGUACCAUCAGAAGAAACCUCUAAAGUAAUGUCUGAUGAACUGACUAUUACUUCUGGACCAGUGUCUCCAGAAAAAGAAAAGGUACCAUCAGAAGACACUCCUAAAACCUCUAACGUAAUAUCUGAUAAACUGAGUAUCAUUUCUGGACCAUUGUCUUCAGAAACAGAAAAAGAACCAUCAGAAGACCCUCUGAAAACCUCAAAAGCAAUGUCUGAUGAACUGAAUGUCACUUCUGAACCAGUGUCGUCAGGGACAGAAAACAUACCAUCGGAAGAAACUCUAAAAGCCUCCAUAUCAAAAUCUGAGCCAAGUACAAAUAAAGUGGAAGCACAUAGUUCAGGGCCUGCAAAAUUGCAUGAAGAGGCAACACCCACCAGCACCGAACCCGUUUCUUCUUCUACAACUGCUGAAGAGCAUCCUGGCAAAGGCAUAUUCUCACUUUUUGGCACUUCAUCUUUGGGUCAAACUCAGCCUCAGGGUGGACAGUCUAUACUAGGUGGGAUACUCCCUGGGUCCUCAUCCUCUAAAGAAAUACCAGGUACAGGAUUAUUCUCAAUGUUUGGAAGUUCUCAGGCAACCCCUGCACCAUCUGCACCUAAAGAGCCACCUGGAAAGGGCUUAUUUUCUAUAUUUGGUGGGUCUGUUGCUCAGCCACAACCUGACCAGCAAUGUUCACCUGUGCCUGGCCCAAAAGAUCAGCCUGCAGGACCAAGAGGACCACCAGGACAUGGACCAAGAGGGCCACCAGGACAUGGACCAAGGGGGCCACCAGGACAUGGACCAAGGGGGCCACCAGGACAUGGACCAAGAGGGCCACCAGGACAUGGACCAAGAGGACCACCAGGAUAUGGACCAAGGACUACAUCAGGACCUGCACCAAGUCCACCAACUCCAAGAGGGCCCACUUCCAAAGAACCACUGGGCAAAGGACUAUUUUCUGUGUUCGGUGGGUCUUCUCAGCCCACAGCACCAAAAGGGGGAACUGCUGCAAAAGCACCAGGAUCUGGAUCCUCAAUACUUGGAGGUAUUUUGCCUGGUUCUGGGGUCAAAGAAAACAACGGGCCUGGUUUAUUUUCUAUGUUUGGUGGAGGUAGUUCUCAAUCCCAACCACCAACUGAAUCCACCAAUCCACCAGCCGAGUCCACCAAUAAGGAGUCAACAGGAAAAGGAUUGUUUUCGAUGUUUGGUGGGCCAAGUCCAGCUGGAAGCUCUGAGCCAGAAAGUCUCUUUAAAGUUCCUUCUGUGUUCUCAUCAGAUAAAACAAAAUCUACUGGAUUCAGCCUCAUGUCUUUUGUGGAUGAUAAAAAAUCUGAUUCAAAACCUGCAGAUGCAUCCACUGCAGUGGUGGAUUCUCUCCCAUGCAAUAUAACACCCACACCAUUAACUGAUGCAAUUAAAGAUGAAAAUACAUCAGUUGAGAAUAAAGAAGAGGUUCCUGCAGAGAUCACCGAUGAACAUCCUGGUAAGAAGGAUAAGAAGCUGAGUGAUGAAAUAAAGGACAUGUCUACAGAUGAUACAGGGAGGGCUGAUGAAAUGCACUCUGCCGUAAAUGAUAAUACAAAGUCUAAAAUGGUGACACUAAUACAUGAGACUGAAGAGGUUACACCUCGGACAGAGGAACAAGCUAAAAAUGAAGAAACUCCAGUGGCUGAUGAAGUACAUAAGGAACAAACCAUUAAUGUGCAACUUAAAAAUGAGGAGCUGGACACGAAAAAUGACAAAGACACUCUAGCCACUAGUUCAGAGAAAGCUAAUUGCAUGACACCAAUAAACGAGACUGAGAAGAUUGUACCUCUGACUGAGGAGAAGUCUACAAAUGAAGAAACUUCAGUGGUUGACAAAACAUAUGAGGAACAAACCAGUAAUGAACAACUUAAAAAUGAGGAACUGGACAAGGAAAAUAACAAAGAAAUAGCCACCAGUCCAGAGAAGAUUGAUUUUAACAAAGAUUUAAACCAAUUUGUGCUUGAAAAUUCAUCUGAGCAAGAGAGAGUUUCAGAGCCUUCUGGGCUUGAGAAACUUUUAGAGGUCUCAUUAGAAUCUGAGAAAACUGUAGAGCCUGCAAAAUCAUCUGAAUUGCAAGACUCGGUGCAGAAAAACAUGGAAUCAGAAAAAUGUGUGGAACUGGAAAACUCUCAGGAAACUACCAAACCUGUGGAUUCUGAAAAACCCACAGAAAAUGAGAAAACUCUCACUGAAGAAAAAAGGAAAGUUGGUGAUGAAGAAAUACCAGACAAAAUUUCAUUUGGACCUGUAAAAGACACUGUAUUGAAAAUUUCUGAUGGCCAGCAAGCAGACCUUAAGGAAAAACCAGAUGAAAUCACCAAGUCAGAAGACAGUGACAAAACCUUAAUAGUUGCAACUACGCAACCAUCUUCAGAUCCACAGUUGAAUUCUGCUGUUCAGCAGCAGCAACAGCCUAAACAAGACACUACUGUACCUCAGCCAGGAAUACUGGGUUUUCCAGCUCAGCCAAGACCAAGAAUGGCAGGGCCUUUUUGUCAGCCCAGACCUGGAAUGCCUGAACCAAGAGGUCCUAGACCUAUGAUGUCCAAUCAACCGAGACCGAGAAUGCCUGGGCCUCAAAGACCCCCAGAGCCUGCUGCAUUUUCAGGUUUUAUGUCAAUGUUUUCUGGCCCAAGUGCUUCUAGCAAGCCAGCAUCUUCUAGUUUCUUCUCAGUGCCUCAGACCUCUUUCUUCAAGUCAUCACCGCCUUCUGCUCCAGCACAGCCACAACAGCAGAAGAGCUCAUUUUUUAACCUUCCAACCAGUCUGCCAACAGACUCCCUCACAGGUGAUCUGUUCGGAUUGUUUAAAGGUACAGAAGCAGCAAAAUCAGAUGAAGCCAAGCUGCCAGAGAAAGGUCAUGAUGGGGCACAAGACUCUAAAGAGCAAAUAAGCUUCACUGCUUGUAAGUCAAGCACAGUCUCUGAACCUGAGUCAACUGUGGCAAGUACUGAAUUAGUAAAUGAAGAAGAACAUAAGGAAGGUGAUUCAGAGUCAUUAAAGCUUGCUGAAGAGCAAGAGGUCAAAUCUCCAGGUGAAACAAAAGAUGAAAGCAAGGAAAUCACUGAGACAUCUGAAACUAUUCACACAGAGACUUCUGAAUCGGGUUUACCCUCAGAGUUAGCACCAGGAGACAAAGAAAUUCCACCAUCUACGCCCAAAACAAUACUUGAAGAUAAACUACCAACCUCACCACCUUCUAAAGGUAUCUUUGCUUUACCUGGUUUGUCAACACCAUCUCUUGGUGGUUUGAUGUCUGGUGCAGCAGAGACAGCCAAACCUUUCAGUUCUCUUUUUGGCUCUUCCACUCCUGCCCCUUCGGUCAGCACCAACCCUUCCCAACCACAAGCAGAGAGCAGUGGUCUGCUUUCUGGUUUAAAAGGUUUGUCUGCAGGUCUCUUCCAAGAAGAGAAGUCGGCUCCUCCAAAGGAAGAGACAAUGUCAUCAAUGUUUGGAAGGAAAAUAGGCUUCCCAUGGCAAAGUUCACCCCCUCAGACCCCUCCUGCCACCCAGUCCAAAUUCCCAGACUUGAAGCAGGAAGAAAAUGACGAACCUGAGGCUGAUAAAUUGUCACCUGAAUCAGACGUCACAGGAAGUGCAGAUUACAGUGAUACAGAAGGUCCCAGUGACAGCUCUUUGCAUAAGCAACCAAGCUUUGACACAAGCCCAGAGAGUCCGACAGGAGCUUCCUGUCUGGAAGGAGAACAUUUGGACAAAUCCAAAAUUUCCAAAGAUCGCACAGAUAAGGACAAGGACCCUCCUGAUACAGAUGCCAGUGCAGAAAAGCCAUCAGAGACCCUUCAACAGCAAACCUUUGAUGAAAGUCCGGUGGACAGUUCUCGAUUUGGGUCUUCUGGUAACCUUAGCCAAGCCAGUUCCCAGUUCAGCUCUGAGCCAGAAGAACAAAGCUAUUCAGAUGCUCAGAUUAGGCCUUCUGUUGUUGCUCAAUCUCUUCCAGCCUCAGGUGACACAGAAAAAGGAGAAAGAGAGAUACUACCAAAUGUUGAGAAAGAAGUACAAGAAAAGAAUACGCCCAAGCCUGUUGCUAAUCAAGGGAAAAAGCCAGAGAGGCAGCACAGUUUCUAUGAGGAUGGACCACCUCCUUUCUCUCCUUCCCGCCUGCGCUGGCUGAAGGCCAUCAAUAAAGUCAGAGUGAAGCUGCAUGAGAAUAUCAAUGGAGACCACAACAAACAUCCAUGGGCCAAAUCUGGGGGAGGAGGAAUAUUUGGCAUUGAUAGCAUGCCUGACCUUAGGAAGAAGAAGCCUAUCCCCUUGGUUAGCGAAGUGUCUCUUGUGCAGUCCCGGAAAGCAGGGAUCUCGCAUGCAUUAGCUGCACGCUCUUCACUGAAGGAUGAAGAACUGAAGAAUCACGUGUACAAGAAGACCCUCCAGGCUCUGAUUUACCCCAUUUCUUGCACGACGCCCCAUAACUUUGAAGUUUGGACGGCCACCACGCCCACCUACUGCUAUGAGUGUGAGGGUUUGUUGUGGGGCAUCGCGCGGCAGGGCAUGCGCUGUUCAGAGUGUGGAGUCAAAUGCCACGAAAAAUGCCAGGAGCUUCUCAACGCAGACUGUUUACAGAGAGCUGCUGAGAAGAGCUCCAAAACGGGAGCAGAGGACAGAACCCAGCAUAUCAUAUCAGCCAUGAAGGACCGCAUGAAGAUCCGAGAGAGGAACAAACCUGAAAUCUUUGAGAUGAUAAGGCUUGUGUUCAGUAUGACUAAACUGAGCCAUGCUCAGCAGAUGAAGGCCAUCAAACAGACUGUGCUUGAUGGAACAUCAAAGUGGUCUGCCAAAAUUUCCAUCACGGUGGUAAGCGCUCAGGGCCUGCAGGCUAAAGACAGAACUGGUUCCAGUGAUCCGUAUGUGACCGUUCAGGUUGGCAAGACUAAGAAGAGAACCAAAACUAUCUACGGCAACCUUAACCCUGUGUGGGAGGAGACGUUCAACUUUGAGUGCCACAAUUCAUCUGACCGCAUUAAACUGCGUGUAUGGGAUGAAGAUGAUGACAUAAAGUCUCGUGUGAAGCAGCGUCUGAAGAGGGAGUCCGAUGACUUUUUGGGUCAGAGCAUUAUCGAAGUCCGAACCCUCAGUGGAGAAAUGGAUGUCUGGUACAACCUUGAAAAACGCACAGACAAGUCAGCUGUAUCAGGGGCCAUCAGGCUGCAGAUAAGUGUGGAAAUUAAAGGCGAAGAGAAAGUGGCCCCUUAUCACGUUCAGUACACUUGUUUGCACGAGAAUUUUUUUCACUUUGUGACAGACAUUGAAGGGCAAGGUGUGGUGAAGUUGCCUACGGCACGAGGGGAUGAUGCCUGGAAGGUCUACUUUGAUGAGGUUGCUCAGGAUAUUGUAGACGAGUUUGCCAUGCGCUAUGGAAUAGAAUCCAUCUAUCAGGCGAUGACGCAUUUUGCAUGUCUGUCCUAUAAAUACAUGCUGUCUGGUGUCCCUGCCGUAAUGAGUACGCUCCUGGCCAACAUCAACGCUUUCUACGCUCAUCCCACCUCAGUCACCAACGUCUCCGCCUGUGACCGUUUCACUGCCUCCAACUUUGGGAAAGAUCGGUUUGUUAGACUGCUGGAUCAGCUCCACAACUCUCUCCGUAUUGACCUGUCAACAUACAGAAAUAAUUUCCCAGCCAGCAGUAAACCACGUCUAGCAGAUCUCAAAUCCACUGUGGAUUUGCUGACUAGCAUUACAUUCUUCAGACUGAAGGUUUUGGAACUGCAAUCUCCCCCGCGUGCCGCCCAUGUGGUUAGAGACUGCGUGAAAGCAUGCCUCAACUCCACAUACGAGUACAUUUUUAACAACUGCCAAGAGCUGUACAACAGACAGUUCCAGCCGGCCGUGGAGCCUAAACCACAAGAAAAGAAAGAAGAGGGAGAAGAGGGUGAAGAAGAGGAAGACAAGAAGGAUGAGAAAGAGGAGGAAAAUGCUGCUGUAGAGGAACCAGGACCAAGUGUACAGAAUUUGGACUUUUGGCCCAAGCUCAUCACCUUAAUAGUUUCCAUCAUAGAGGAAGACAGGAACUCCUACAGCUCGAUCAUAAAUCAGUUUCCUCAGGAGCUGGAUGUGGGGAAGGUCAGUGCUGAGGUCAUGUGGACACUGUUUGCUCAGGACAUGAAGUAUGCACUGGAAGAGCAUGAGAAGCUGAGGUUGUGUAAAAGUGCGGACUAUAUGAAUCUGCAUUUCAAAGUCAAAUGGCUCUACAACGAAUACGUCCAUGACCUGCCCGCCUUCUCCGACACUGUCCCGGAGUACCCAUCGUGGUUUCUGCCAUUUGUUCUCCAGUGGCUGGCUGAGAAUGAGGAAGUGUCGAUGGAGUUUAUGCAUGGAGCUCUUGAGAGGGAUAAAAGAGAGGGGUUCCAGCAGACAUCUGAGCAUGCUCUGUUCUCCUGUUCAGUCGUGGACAUCUUCACUCAGCUCAACCAAAGCUUUGAAAUCAUCAAGAAAUUAGACUGUCCUGAUCCUGCAGUGGUUGCCCAGUACAACCGACGAUUUGCCAAGACUAUCACCAAAGUGCUCCUGCAGUAUUGUGCUAUUCUAACCAAGAGUUUCCCCUCUUACUGUGAGAAAGAAAAAACGCCCUGUGUGUUGAUGAACAACGUUCAGCAGAUGCGUGUCAUGUUGGAGAAGAUGUUUGAAUCUAUGGGAGCCAAACAGUAUACUGUUGAGGAAGAGCGGCUGGAAAAUGAGGAGGAGCCUGAGGAUGAUGAGGAGGAGGCCAUCACUGAUGAUGAAGGCAAUGAGUCAGAUGAAUCAGAUGCUAAGUCUGGCAUUUCGGAUUCAGAAGGAUCAGAGAUUGACAACAAAGAAAAGGAGAUUAAGCUUGACAGGCAGAAGUCUGUAACUAAGAAGGAAAAGGGGGAAAAGAAGGACAAAGAGAAGGAGGAUGAGAACAUGACCACAGAGCCCAAAGAUGAGGAAAAAGAGAAAGAGGCAACAGUCGACACAAAAAAGCUCGACUCAGAGGCUGCGGAUAUCCUCAAUGACCUGCAAGGGAAGCUUAAUUCUGUUCUGGAUAACCUGAGUGGCAUGUUUGCGAAGAGUUUCCUGGCCCGCAUAAAUGCAUGUGUGCGUCAAAUGGCGGAGAUCCUGUAUCAGAUUAAAGGACCUCUGAAUCAGAACACUCGUAACACAGCGGAGGCUGAUGCAGACAACGCACUGCGGCCGCUUAUGGAGUUCCUCGACACAAACCUCAGCAUCUUUGCAGACAUAUGUGACAAGACCGUGUUGAAGCGUGUGCUAAAGGACCUCUGGAGGAAUGUUCUGAUCUGCAUGGAGAAAACGAUUGUGUUACCUCAGAGCAGCGACAGUAUAGGAGCUCAACUUCUUACUGCUGCUAAGGAACUGUCUAAGCUAAAGGGAGGGGUGGAGCCAAAGAGCUUGUCACCAAGGCAGUGUGUGAUCAUGGAGGCGGCACUGGAUUCAAUCAAGCUCUUCUUCCAUGCUGGUGGGAACGGUUUAAAAAAAGUGUACCUGGAGAAGAGCCCUGAGCUGUCGUCGCUGCGUUAUGCCCUCUCCCUAUAUACACAAACCACAGAUGCUCUUAUCAAGGCGUUUGUGACAACACAACAUGCUCAGGUUCAAAAUGGUAUGGGCAUCAGGAUCACCCCCAAGGAAAAUGUUCGACCUGACAGAGGCUCUGGGGUUGAGCGGCCGAUUGGGGAGGCAGUGAUUCAGCUGGAUUUGUCGCCCCCAGCUGGAAACACUGAGCAGAAACUCGCUGUCAGAGUGAUUGCAGUAAAUGACAUGAAAUGGCAGACCUCAGGGAUGUUUCGUCCAUUUGUGGAGGUUAACCUGGUCGGCCCACAGCUCGCAGAAAAGAAACGAAAAUUCACAACCAAAUCAAAAAACAACAGCUGGACUGCAAAAUACAACGAGGCCUUUCAGUUUGUGUUGGGUAAAGGCGUGAGUCUGGACUGCUAUGAGAUUCAAAUAACGGUGAAGGAUUAUUGUUUCGGUCGUGCGGAUCGGGUGGUCGGGAUCGCAGUAAUGCAGCUGCGUGAUGUAGCAGGCCGGAAAAGCUGCGUGUGCUGGUGUCCCUUGGGCCCGCGUAUCAACAUUGAUGAAACAGGGACCACCGCACUGCGAAUCCUCUCUCAACGCUCAACUGAUGAGGUUGCCAAAGAGUUUGUCAAACUAAAAUCUGAGACCAGACCUGCUGAAGAAGGGAGGUGAAGGUGAAACUCAUGAUUGACCUCUUCAGUUUAUCAUUACGGUGAAAGUGGAAUGAUUAAAACAGAAGAGACUUUGAUAAUACAAGACAAAUGAAAAGAUUGACUGUGUGUGACAAACAAGCAUUCACAAAUCACAAGGACCUGCACUGUUUAUAAAAUUGUGUAUGUUUAUUCCUUAAGAGUUUAAGCCUUAAGAGUCACUUAACUGUUUGGCUGGCUUUGCAUCACUCUUUAUGAUGGGCAACCACUCAUAAAAUGAGUGCUAGUAUUAAGAAUAGCAUUUUCACGAUCAUUAAACAUUUGGAAAUAUCAGGGAAUUUUCAAAUGAUGAUUUCCAGGCAGGAAAAAUUAUGGAAAUUAAUAAGUACUAAAAUAUUAAAUCGGCUAGAAAUCUCUGGAUUUUGUUUUACAAAAAUUAUCCAGUUAAACAAGCGACUCAAAGUCAUGAAAAUUUGGGGAAAAAAAUCUUAGUCAGCACAAAAAUAUUUUGUUGGCUAGAAAUUGGUAUUCGUGGAUGCAAUAUCUGCAUUUUUGUUUUGCAAAACUAUCUUGUUAAUCAAAUUACUGGAAAAGUCAUGCAAAUUAAAAAAAAAAAUCUUAAGUCUGCACUAAAAUAUUUUGCUGGCUAGACAUAUUUGUGUGUAAUUUUUUUGUUUUACAAAAAAUAUCUAGGUAUUUAAAUGAAAAUUAAAAAAAUUGUAAAACAUCAACACUAAAAUAAUUUGUUGGCUAGAAACUGGUAUUUGUAAGUUCAAUCUCUGCAAAAAAAUGUUUACAAAAUGGUCUAGUUUAUCAAAACAACUGGAAAAGUCAUGGAAAUGUAUUGGUUAAAAAGUUGUAGGCGCCCUGUAGAAGAGAAAAGCAGCAUAUUAAACAUUUUAAUGUUUUAAAUCACAGUUAUUUCAAGCACAUAAUAAAAGGUAUCAAUGACAUUACAAAAAAUGUUAGAAGAUGAGAACAUGCAAGAAUUUUGCCAAAUCAUGAGUCUGUGGGCUCAGUGGCCUUCAGAAUGGGUGGAGUCUUACAGCAGGGGGAGUGGUCUAACAGAUUUAUUUACAUUGGCUGUCUAUUCUUUGGUUGACAGCCACAAAUAUGCAUAUUUUUAACACACAUUUUUCUCUAUUGGUCUUGUUCACUAAUGUGUUCCUGAAAUCUUAUCUGAUACCUUUAGUACAUUCAACAUCUUUGUCCAUUCCAAAUGCUCCAAAGAUCAUGGUUAUAUAGUUUGUUUAUGGAUGUCUCAAAACCGACAAAUACGCAAGUAAAUAAAGACAAAUAUAGACCAACCAGUAGUGCCAGACGAUGAGAAGGGAUUUACUGUAUGAAACUUUGUUAACCUUGUGCCAAGUAGUUUGUAUGCGUUCUUUUUUGAGGUGCAAUGGAGUUAUGGUUGAUUUUGUUUGUAAUAUAUGCACAACCAAACACAAUCUGUAAAGUAGACUACCACAUGUGCAUGUAUUUAUUGUAAAUUCCAGCUUUUGGUCAUAUGUUUAUUUAUGUUUUGUCAAUAUGUGGAAAGCUAUUUAUGUAUUUUAAACUAUGGAGGAAAUCUCAGAUUGAAUCGAUAUUCUGAAUUUAUUUAUAAAUUAUUUAUG